UUCUGUUGUGUACAAGAACGUGGUCCUCUGCUGAAUGUCGUCUCCUAUUCAACACAAGACCUGCACUCUGCGUUCCGUUUGAUAAAUACGAGUUGUCUAUCCGUUGCGAUUAGUUAUAAAAGCAAAAUGUUAUUGAAUAUACAUUUGUAUAAAUAAUUAACAAUUUUAGAUAAACAUUACCAGUCUGCAUCUGCAGUGAGUUCACCAUCGCAAACCGAUUCCCAAAGAAAGACUUGUUGCUGAGUAUCUCAUCACUGAAACCUGUAAGUUAUGCGGUAUCUAACAUUAAGAAACGAAUAGGCAGUUUAUAGCUUAUAGCUCUCAUUAUGUUAAGAUAAUGAGAAAUAACAAACAGCCUAUAACUUUAGUUCUUAGCUCAAGCACCAGUGUCGAAAAUGUAGGGCGCCCCCUCUGGGUCAUGUGCGAGUAAGUGACAGAAGUGUAAUUUGCCAGAAAGAAGCUGUGCUUUUAUGUCUGUUUCAUUGGAAGACCGGGGUAUAGGCUCUGUUUUGCAGGUAAACAAUACUCGAUCUCAUACGUAAUGGUGCUAUUACUUCCUGUCGCUAAUUUCUUUAUUAUAUUAUGUUUCAUUUAGCUGUCAGAAAAUAGCAGGUUGCAGUUUCCGGAACAUACGGCCCGUACCGGUGUGAACCAGGAAGGAAAGUCAAUUGAAACCUUGUUAACAUUUGUUCAGGUUCCUUUAAUAUUUGCUCCUGUUUUCCAUGCUUGAGCAUUUUCGUGUAGGCUGCGUUGAUGGAUAUGAAAUGUAAAGCCCAGUGCUCUUAAAGAGAAAAGCCAGGAACGUUAACAUAAAAACGCCACGCCAUUGCUAGCUGGCUAGCUCGGUAGCAAAACAACGUCAUCUUAUUCAGAUCAAGGAAAACAUGUUUUGUAGUUAGCUAAGUUACCUAGUUUGCCAAAUAAAUGUAAUUAUAUAAUUUGACUAACUGAUAGUGUAUUUUUGUUUGCGAGCUACGGUGGUUCUUCCCACGCCAUAACGUCACUAUCAAUCAUUGUUUACUAUUUAGCUAACGUUACCCUUGCUUAUUGUAGCAUCCAUGCAGCUACCCGGCUAACGUUAGUUCUACCUAACUACAUAAUACUUGACAAGCGUUUUUUUGUUGCUGUCUGCGAAUCCAAUUUCGGCAGCUGUUCUGAUUGAGCAAAAUAUGCUCAUUGGCUAACUAAUUGGGCAAGUGACCCAAUUAAGCCCACGUACCAUAUAACGUAAACUCACUGUCCGAAUAGUGUAACUUUCAAGAAUAACCAAAAAAAUACUUCCAAAUCAACUUUGGUUUGUGUGUGUGUGUGUGAAGUUUAACGUUAAUUCCUUCCGUUUUCAUAAAAACUUGGUACGAGUCACAAACGCUAUCCAUUUCAGCAGACAGUGACAUGAUAAUAGUGAUAUUGUGGUGGGGAAGCGUUGCUAACAAGGGGCGGUGUUCAGACCAUCGUGAGCUAACACGGUCUUCCGAACACAGGGACGUUGUGGAGUUAUUUGUCGUUUUCUCUAUAAUUAUUGGUUCAAUUAAGAUCAAUCAGAGUGUUGGAGUGUCUGAGAUAGUCAAUAAGCAACUGUAAUUAUAAACCACAUUCCUCAGAAAAAAAAUACCAUUGAACGGACGUUCACAUCUGGUGGAAGCGGCGGCUUCCCCGUGUUCAGUUCGGAACAAGGUGAGUUUAAGUAUAACAACAGUUCAUAACUGUAUAAUAACAGUUCAGUUAUAUAAGCCACUUGCACUUUUUAAAAAAAUACUCAAAAACAGGAAGUAUUAGACAGAUAAUAUGUUUCAUAACCAAUUAACAAAGUUGUUACUGUGUUGUUACUUUUUACAUGGAGCCAAUGGAAUGUUUCCUUCUUGUGUUAAGCAUGACUUUAUGCAGUCAUUUUAUAGAAACCAUUUUGUAAGUCCCCUCAAAAAUUAUUUGCUGCUGGAGGCCUUCAACAGACCAAUUCUUCAAUUUGAUGACCAACAUUGGUGCUGUCUCAGUGGGGCUGGGUUUUUGCAAAAGAAGAUCUGAUGGAUGUCCAAGAAUACCUGAAAGAAAAAACAUUGAUACUCCAUUUGUCAAUGGAAAGCCAGGAUGAAAGUGGUACACCCGAUUCAUGAGAGAUCAUCCAGAGCUGAGCAGCUUGAGCUAUCAUCUCGGAUCAUCAUUAGUGUAGAGACCAUUCCUGGAUCCGACGUGCUGAAUGUCAAGAGCAUUGACCUUGCCAAUCUUCGAAAUGUGUCGUUAAGCAUGUUGAACUUUAAAGGUAUGUCAAGCAUAAAGCUGAUCUCUGCAGCUGACACACAGUAUGCAGGGUCGCUGCUGAAGACUUUCAGUGAUCAGAGGAAUAAUGGACUGUUCUGCGAUGUCACAAUAAUUGUACAGAGCCAGACAUUUAAAGCCCAUAGGAACAUCUUGUCAGCAUCCAGUACUUAUUUCCACCAACUCUUUUCAGUGGCUGGACAGAUCAUAGAACUGAAUUUUAUCAAAGCAGAAAUCUUUGAGGUGAUCCUGAACUAUAUCUAUAGUGCCAAGAUUAUUCGGGUUCGCUCUGACAUGCUGGAGGAGCUUAUUAAGUCUGGCAAGAUCUUGGGUGUUAAGUUCAUUGCCAGCCUUGGCCGCCCGCUUUCCCAUGUCAAGGGUUUACCUAACCUGUCCGAAGAUCAAGCUGAAGGGAAAAGUUCACAGAACAGUACUGCAAAUGCUCCAGAAAAGAGUGACCUCAUCUCUCAAGAGUUGGGGUCUGGUGCCAUGCCCAUCAUCACUGAGGCAUUUUCUCUGUCUGCAGAGGAGUUCAAAGGUGACUGCUAUAAGGAUGGGGGCUCAGACAAUGACGUUCUCUUUGUUUCAAAGCAGGAACCCAAGAAAGCAAGGCAGUUGAACAGCACCAAAGCAGUCUGUAAGCCCUCUGCAGUUAUCAAUGUAGAUGAAUCAUCUGCGGAAGACACAAGUUCUGGGGAAGAGGAAGCAGUCAUUCCUGAAACAAGCUCUGCUGCAGUAAAAGAGGUGAGCAGCAUGGAGAAAAAAGACCAGAAGCCCAUGACUGAAAAAGUUGAAGAAGGAAAAUCUUCCAAGCUCAACAGCUCUUCUCAAGCCCAGCCUGACUCUACCUCCUCAUCCUCUCAUAUGGAGCAGGAGUGCCCUGACACCAGCACCAGCAUGCCUCAUUCACCUGCAGGCUCCUCUUCAGGGGACAGCCUCUGCAGCCAACCUCUUCCACCACAGACCGAUGGCUCUCCCAAGGAGCCUUGUAACAUCUCUCUGUCCAAAGAUAAUCAUGAAGUGAUAGGGGUCCAGAAGAAACAAAUAACCACUGUUUUGGAAACAUCAGCUGACAGACCUGGGGAAUUCAAAAUCAAGCUUUGUGAUAUAGGGCCUGCACACAGUCCAGAAUCCAUUAUGUUCGAGAAAGAUUCAGAAAUGGAUUUGGUCUCAUCUGGUAGCAGGGACAGUGAUGACUCUGGGGACGAUACCUAUGAUAUUGUUCCUAUGAAAAACAGCCCAAGGGUAGGGGAUUCUAAAACCAAGAGGGAGAGGAAGUCACUGUCCGCUCCUAACAGUCCAGGCUCACCUCCAUCUGGGGUAGGGGGCAAAAAGAAAGCAAAAGUAGGGAUGGAUGACCACUAUGAACUGAUCAUGGACGGGAAAACCUUUUACGUGUGCAUCGUGUGCAAGCGCCCGUAUGUGUGUCUAACAAGUCUGAGGCGUCAUUUCAAUGUGCACUCCUGGGAGAAGAAGUACCCCUGCCAUUACUGUGAUAAGGUAUUUCCCUUGGCAGAGUACAGAACAAAGCAUGAAAUCCAGCACACAGGUGAACGGAGGUACCAGUGCUUGCUGUGCGGUGAUUUUUUCAUGAAUUACCAGGUGUUGUCCUCUCACUGCAAGCAGGUACACAACCAGGACCCCUCGGGGAGAAAAGAGAAGGAAUACACAGACAACAACCUAUAUCGCCUGCUCCCCUGUAAGACCCUGGAGAUAAAAUCCUAUUCCUGUGUGCCUGAGGGCAAAAUUCCCAUGAUUAAUGAGGAAGGGAUUGUCUACCACGUGGACCCUAGAGAGGGACUCACUGCUGGCUCGGAGUCUCCUUCCACAAUCCACGGUAGGAUGAUGAACUGGGACGAUAUCUUUGUAGAGUCCGGGUCCCAGACUCGUGUGAACCCUGCCGAAGAUACACCUGAGUUUGAAUUUGUUAUACCAGAGACUUACUGAGUCAAAGCCUGAGUUUGUUGGGAAUUGUGCCUUUUAUGCCAGGGAUCUUUCUUUUUUUUUGGGUGGGGGGGAUCUAGGGCCGAUGUCUGUACGAUGUCUGUUUUUGUCCUGAUGGCUGUUUUUUGUGAAUUAGCUGUAUAUUUUGGAAGCUCCUCAUACUCAAGCACUAUUGUGGUGGCACUUGUUGUUAAGCUUUCUUAAGCUUUUAAUCUUUAUUUUUAUGUCAUAUGCUGCUUGUCCUAUGUAGGUACUUAACCCUUGCAAACAUUGCCAUUAUGAUACUGAUUUUUUUAGCCAUAAAUGUUUAAUAUUACUCCUGGAUUUCAGUGUGAAUGAUUAAUCAGCAUUCUGUUUUUAGUUUGUGUAUCUUGAACUGGUUCCAUUAUUUUGUUUUGUUACCCAAAAUUUUGUUUUCAUUGUUUUUUUCAUGUUUUUUUAUGAUCUGUGAUUUAUAAUGAUGAAUUGGCUUAAAGAUGGAGUUAUCAGGGAAUCAUACAGAAUGCACCCUUCUGUUGCAGAAGUAGAAGCAGGAAACAAAAAUAAUCUGUGGUGAAGCUAACAAAUUGUAGUAAGGCAAAUCAACUAGACCUCUGAAGCAUUUGGCCUCAUUUUAUUUCAUGAUUCAUAUUGUCAUAAAUAAAUAUCUCAUAAAUUCAAAUCUGGAAAAACACAUGUUUUGCAAAAUAUGAUUUCUGCUUUUAUUGUUUGAGUUUUCAAUUGGCUGGCUGUUCCUGAUGCCAUGUAUUAAUAGUGAGGAUGGAGAAGAAGCUACUGUAUGAAAAAUCUGGAGCUGCAGAACUUAUUGCUAAUUGUCAUCCCACCUAAAUGCCCACUCCCAAGGAGAGUGUUGCAUUCAGGAUAAAUGGUUUCAAUACAUCAUAACAAACUAUUUUAAAUGAAUACUAUACUGACAAAAAUGUCUGAAAACAGCAUUUGUGCAAACACCUCCAAUUCAUAUUUUUGUAAGCAGAAACUACAUUUCCAUUGACAGUUAAGUUAGUCAAUAACCCAAAAGGUUGUAAGAAGGCAUACUUAAAAACCAUUAGUGCUAAAAAAUAAAAAUAAACAAUACAGCAGUGUGCAUGUACAGUGUUGUGAAAAAGUAUUUGCCCCCUUCCUGAUUUCCUUUUCUUGUAUAUUUUACACACUGAAUGGUUACAGAUCUCUAGACAAAAUGCAAUAUUCGACAAAAAUAAUCUGAGUAAACACAAAUUGCUUUAAUUUAUUAUUUCAUUUAAUGAUAAAAGUUAUCAAACAUCUUUGUAACCCAUGUGAAAAAGAAAUUGCCCCCUUAGUUACUCAAUUGUAUUUGAUAAAUAGAUUCAGCUGAUUGAACACAGCUAGACUUGAUUGCAGUAGACCUUGCUCAUCUAGUCUUACCACCAGAGUGAAGUAGUCCUACAAAAAUUCCUACAAGCACACUUGACACGAUUUAAGUAAAUUCCAGAAGAGGCAAGAAAAUCAUAGUUGAAAUAUAUUGGUCUGGAAAGGGUUACAAAGCCAUAUCUAAGGUUCUGGGACACAGGGAAGACACAAAUGAAAAGGUGAAUCUUCCCACAAGUGGCCGGCCUGCCAAAACUUCUCCAAGGGUGCAGCAACAACUCACCCAGCAAGUCACAAAAUAUCCCAGAAGAACAUCCAAAGAGCUGCAGGUCUCUCUAGCUAAGGUCAGUGUUCAUGACUCAAUAAGAUGACAAUAAGAAAGAAACUAGGCAAAAUGGGAUUAAUGCGAGAGUAGCAAGGCGAAAACUACUGCUAACCUGGUGAAUCAUCUCACAUUUGCAAAAAAAGGACCUGGAUGAAGCUUUUUCAGAUAAAGUUCUAUGGAUAGAUGAGUCAAAAGCAUGAUGACAUUGGUCCUAUUAUGUCUGGUGUAAAGAAAAUAUAGCAGUAUGAACCAACAGUCAAACGUGGUGAUACUAUGAUGGUAGCGGGAUGCUUUGCUGCCUCAGGACCUUUUUCUCAUGAGUGAUAUAGGUGUUUGAAAAUGGUUUUCAUUAAAUAAAUGAAAUGAUUAAAAAAAAAGUGUUUUGUGUUUAUUUGGGUU